AUGGGGCUGAACAGAGAUGUAAUAAAAAUGGUGCAAGAAGAAAAAUUAAGGUUCAACUUAAACUUCUUCAACUUCCACUUCUCUAACUUCAACUUCUUCAACUUCAACUUUUCCUACUUCUUCAACUUCUACUUCUUCAACUUUAACUUCUCCUACUUCAUCAACUUCUCCAACCUUUUCAUUUUCUUCAACUUCAACUUCCUCACCUUCUUCAACUUCUUUAUCUACCUAACCUUCUUCGAUUUCUGCAUCUUCUUCAUCUUAGUCAACUUCAAGUUCUUCAACUCCGAUCUAUUUAACUUCUUCAACUGCGCCGGCGUAUUCAACUUCAAUUUAUUUACCUUCUCCAACUUACAACUUCUUCAAAUCUACAACUUCUAUAUCUUCCUAAACUUUUUAAAUGUAUCCAAAUUCUUCAACUUCUUCAACUUCUCUUUCUUCAACUUUGACUUCUCCAACUUCUCAAACUUCUUCAUCUUCAACAUCUCCUACUUCUUCAACAUCUCCAACUCUUUCAACUUCUCGAACUUGAGGUGGAAGUGA